AUGGCGGCUGCUGCUAAGAAUCAAGCCUCUGCACAGGCGUACCACUCUGCAGCUAACGCACACCGCUACGCUGCGCGCGCAUACGCUGCAUACAACAAUGCACCCGCGGCUGCCAAGGACCAGGCUGCGGCCAUAGCGCAACACGCCACCGCACAGGCGCACUUGGCUACUGCAGACGCGUCCUAUUCUUGA